UAUAAGGAACCGCACCCCAUCAGUUUUCCAACCAAUAGCAGCAGGAGAUACUGACUCACUGCUUUUGCCGCUAAAUCUAAAUCCGGUGCACUGUAGCGCUCUUCUCUCCAUUCACUGUUCUGUGGACAAAGUUCCACAAAAAAACGACUUCUGAAAAUGGGAAUCUCUGGACUACUACAGUUUCUCAAAGAUGCAUCAGAACCAAUUAAUGUUAAAAAGUACCGAGGUCACACGGUGGCUGUGGACACGUACUGUUGGCUACACAAAGGGGCAUUUUCCUGUGCUGACAAGCUGGCCAAAGGAGAACCGACUGACCAGUACGUGCGGUACUGCAUGACACUUGUGGAGAUGCUCCUGACCUAUGGCGUCAAACCCGUCCUGGUGUUUGAUGGACGCAAUCUGCCAUCAAAACAAGAGGUGGAAAAGGCUCGCAGAGACUGUCUGGUGGCCCCUUACGAAGCUGACGCUCAGUUAGCCUUCCUCACUAAAUCCGGUUUGGCCGAGGCCGUGAUCACCGAAGACUCCGACCUGUUGGCAUUCGGCUGCAAAAAGGUGAUCCUGAAAAUGGACAAGCACGGCAACUGUUUAGAGAUCGACCAAAGCAACCUGGGCCGCUGUCACAACUUGGGGGACGUUUUCACCGAGGAAAAGUUUCGGUACAUGUGCAUCCUCUCUGGCUGCGACUAUCUGGCCUCCCUGUACGGCAUUGGCCUUGGGAAGGCCUGCAAGCUGCUUCGCAUUGCCAGGGACCCAGAUAUCCUCAAGGUGAUCAGAAAGAUGGGUCAGUACCUCAAGAUGGACAUAGUUGUUCCUGAACAUUACAUCGAGGGGUUCACCCGAGCCAACAACACCUUCCUGUACCAGCUGGUCUUCGACCCAGUCAGGAGGAAGGUCGUCCCCCUCAACCCAUACCCAGAGAACAUUGACCAGUCCACGCUCAGCUAUGCUGGAUUUAAUGUCGGAGACGACAAAGGUUUGCAGAUGGCCUUGGGAAACAUCGACAUCAACACGAUGGAGAGGAUCGACAACUUCAACCCGGACAAGCCAGCCGCUCAGUCCAAGCACCGCAGUCGAGGCUGGAGCGACGCUCCCGCUACCACAGGUCGCAGCAUAUGGUGCGCCGGUCCCGCGUCGGCCUCUGCUGUGCAGCCCCGUUCACCUGACUCGACACGCAGACCGGCGUCCACCAGGGGGAAGGAGAGAGUGAUCAGCCUGGGCGGUCUGCAGCUGCCGAGCCGAGAGCUGCAGGUGAAGAGGUCGAGGGAAGAGUCCGGUGCAUCAGACAGAGACGUGCUGCAGCAGUACUCCGCCAGCGGUCUGAAACGAUCCAGGCCCGACCAACAGCCGGGAAGAACGGUGAUAACUAGAACGCGUAACUGUUUCGCCACGCUGCUGCAGAGGAGGAACCAAGAAGCUGAGGAGGACGAUGAUGGUCAGCCCACACGCAGCAGGUUCUUCGGCAGAUCCAGUUCCGCGGCCAGUCCGAGCACCGAGGAUCCCCCGCGGGAGGACGUUCCUCAGAACCGUGUCGCUGUUAGUCCAUGUGAGGACAAGGACGGAGCCACGGACUCUCCGAUCAUUCAGGCCACUGACAGCGAUGGUCCCGAUCCACUUUCCUUUGACACGCCCAGCCCUCCCGGCUCGUCCAGCUCGACGUCCCCCGGUUCGGCGUGUCACGGCCUCAGACUCUUCCACUGGUCAGAACCGCCGCAAACACGCACGUCUACCGCGGGCCUGACCGCCCUGCAGCAGUUUCAGUACAAGAAGGAGAGUUCUCCGUCCUCCCCCAAACUCCACAGACUCUCAUCUCAGUCCUCCACCAAUGGAAAUGCAGAGGACAACCUGUCCUGCUCUCCUCCAUCACAGGACAGCGCCUACUUCUCCCAAUCCCAGCCCGACGACACGUCCUCCCAAAAGGAAGACGUUUCCGACUAUGCUUUCUCCUCCUCGCGCCAAGAACUCGUCACCUUUGAUGAAAACACAGCGGUAAAAGAGAAGAGUCCGCCGCACUCCAAAAAACGAUCCGUCAGCUUGGGGUCAAAGGUUUCAGGUCUGUCAAAGAUAAAGCAUGAGAGCCACAAUCGAGCCGCCAAGUCCCCAGUGUUGGGCCCAGCCAGGGUCAGUGGACUGAGGAAGAAGUCCGUGGCAUCGGGGAAGAAAAUCUCCUCUCCUAACAAUGAGAACAGCCCCAAUGUCCAGGCCACAAUCAGCAACCUCUGGAAGAACUUCAGCUUCAAAAAAGAUAACGUCAUAAAGGUGACGUCCUGCCGGGAAGGAGAGUCGAAGCCCCUGUCUCCAGUCAAAGACAACGUCCAGCCCAGCACGACAACAGACACGAAGUUAAUCAGCAGCUGCUGACGGAUGCUCGGGAUGUUUCGCGCAGCCGUCGUGCGUGGGAGUGAAACUUUUAAACACGUGUGCGUGUCCGCCUCCAUUUGUCAAUAAACUGUCUAAGUAUUUAUGUGUGUUUUUUUUAAUAAACUCAACUGAUCCACGU